AUGCUAGCAUACGAUGCGUCGGCCGAUUCUCUAGUUGAGUGCCUCCGCCUAGGGGAGAGCGCCAUCAUUGAGAGCAUGAGACGGUUUGUCCAUUCCGUCGUCGAUGUGUUCGGCGAUGAGUACCUUCGUUCUCCGAAUGAUGAGGACACUGCUCGUUUGCUUGCUACCAAUGAGCGUAGAGGGUUUCCAGGGAUGAUGGGAAGCAUUGAUUGUUCGCUAAACGACAUUGACGUUCUGCACUGGUCACAUCUCCUCGACGACCUUGCUGCAGGCGAGGCCCCAAAGGUACAAUACAGCAUUAAUGGGCAUCAUUACACCAUGGGCUACUACCUUGCAGACGACAUAUAUUCGGAAUGGGCCACGUUUGUGAAGCCCAUUCCAUCGCCAGUUGGUAGGAAGCAGCAACACUUCGUGCUUCAGCAGGCGGCUGCACGCAAGGAUGUGGAGCGCGCAUUCGGAGUCCUGCAGUCCCGGUUUCCCAUAGUCAAGGGGGCAACAAGGUUAUGGGAUGGGACACCCUUAGCUCCAUCGUGA